UGGAUUUGGAACAAUCAGAAAGCAGUACUUGUACAACUGUAGACUUGAGGGUGAUGGAAAAUAUUAGUGUCCCUGAAGCUGAAAGAAACAUUGGUGAAAUGGCUCCCGUCAUUCAUACUACAGUAUUAGAUUAUGAACCACCUCAGAUUCCCUGAGCUUCUAGAUAUUGUGCACCAAGAAAGAAUAGCCCCCCUCACAUGCCAUCUAACCUGGGCUUUGGCUUUAACAUAUUUGCUCACAAACAGAAUGAUGGAUAUGAAGUCAAGAGCAGAAGGACCCAAUCUGUUUUAAAAAAUACAUGUACCAAGAUGCCUCAAGACUUCAUUAUUCUGGGCAAGAGUUCCUUUCAACAUCAGACAAAUAAAACAAAUAAUCCAAGUUAUCAUGUCCAAGGACAGUCUUAUGAAAAUGCUGGGAUUUCCUCAAAUUUCAGAAGAGACAGCCUCAGCAGGCAAAAAGCCAUUUUAAGAAUCAGAAACUCUCAAAUGCUUCCAUGUAUUUCCAACAGCUCUGUUAGCUUAGAAAAAAACACCACUCCGUCUGUCAGACAAGCACAAUCUACCAUGGCCUUCAUGGAUCUGAAAUACAGUGACAUGUUUAAGGAAAUACACUCCAGUGAUAAAGGCCCUGGUAUUUAUGAAAUGUUUGGGACUCCAGUAUACUCUCGUGAGCCUACAGAACAUGAGAACAGGUGUUGCAAGAAUGUACAUUCUGUUCCAACUAGGAGACUCAGUGUUAUAAAGCAUAAAUCUAAUAAUCUCAGCAAGAAAAGCGGCAGAGCAAGAAAUACCCAGAGAACAACAUAUCCUAAACCACACAUGAAUCCUCAUGGCAUUAAACAAAAGCAUAAGGCUAUGAUGUCAAGAAAGGCAUCCAAGUUGGAGGGCAGAACCCAAGAGCAGGAUGAAGGCAUAGUCACUUCUAACACAAAUGGGCAAAUAAACAUUUCAAGGAAUUCCACACCAUUUUAUAAAGAUGAUGCUCAGCUGCUUCCAGUUUCCACUAAGUUCACACAAUCUGCUAAACCAAAUGAAGUCAUUACUAAUACAUGCUUAGCAGCUCUUAAAGAUGUCUCACUAGAAUACUCUUCAGGUGUUGGUGAUGUUGGUAUUCAUGAAGAAUUUGUCACCAGUAUCCAGGAAUUACUUUGGCCACAAGUUAAAGAGCAUGCAAAAUAUGCUCCUUUUUUAAGCAGUACAAAAGAAACAAAUGAAAACAAAAGUCUAAAUAACAACAAAUUCUUAAAUCAUGGGAGAACCGAAGUCCCCAGUUGCCUUGUGGAUCAGGAAGCAAUUCAGGAUAUGUGCAGUGGGAAUAAUAAGGGAGCGGAUUCUAUGUUUUCUUCACCAGAAGAGAGAGUAGCAAGCUCCCCUGAACAAAAUCUGCAACUGGGAAAUGUUAACUUAAGAAAUACAUCGACUAAGUGGACUUACCAUUCUACAGGCUCAUUUUUCCAGGCACAUCAAAAUAUUCUGAGCAUUACGAACAAUAAAGAAAUAACGGAGGACUUAUUUUGUUGCUUAGCAGCCGAAUUGCUCUCUCUUGAUGGUGCCAGUGGUUCCAGAGUAGUUACAAAGAAUGAAAAUGAUGAAGCACAAAAGGGAUGCACUGGGAAUAAAGAAGCCAACGCAACAAAUGAUGUAAAUAAUAAGAAUUGCUGUCCAAUUGUCCUGGAGUCCAACAGGGAAAACAGAUUAUUCAGUGCAGUAAUAUGUUCAGAAAACAGUUUAACUAAUGAAGAUCCUAUAAUGUGGACCAAAGGUGAAAUCCUUGGAAAAGGCGCCUAUGGCACAGUGUAUUGUGGACUUACAAGCCAGGGGCAAUUAAUAGCGGUGAAACAAGCAGCACUGGGCACCUGUGAUCAAGUUGGGACUGAAAAGGAAUACCAGAAAUUGCAAGAAGAAGUAGAGAUUUUGAAAACUCUCAAACACAUCAACAUCGUGGGGUACCUGGGAACAUGUUUAAAAUAUAAUGUUGUGAGCAUCUUCAUGGAAUUUGUUCCUGGGGGUUCAAUUUCAAAUAUUAUUCACCGUUUUGGGCCAUUACCUGAAAUAGUCUUUUGUAAAUAUACAAGACAAAUUCUGCAUGGAGUUGCAUACCUGCAUGAAAACCAUGUGGUGCACAGGGAUAUUAAAGGCAACAAUGUAAUGCUUAUGCCAAAUGGUGUGAUCAAACUCAUAGACUUUGGGUGCGCAAAACGUUUGGCAUGUGUAAGUCUGACUGAUGCACACAGUGAACCACUCAAAUCUAUCCAUGGCACUCCUUACUGGAUGGCACCAGAAGUAAUAAAUGAAACUGGAUAUGGAAGAAAAUCAGAUAUCUGGAGCAUUGGUUGCACUGUAUUUGAGAUGGCCACAGGAAAGCCACCACUGGCAUCCAUGGAUAGAAUAGCAGCCAUGUUUUAUAUUGGGGCCCAUAGAGGACUGAUGCCUACAGUACCCAACCAUUGUUCAAGAAAAGCAGCUGAUUUUGUCCAUGUGUGCUUAACUAGGAAUCAGCAUGAGAGGCCUACUGCUCUACAGUUGCUACAACAUCCGUUUGUUACAGGAAACCCAUGAAUUUUGCAAAGCUUCAUAUCAAAGAACUGUCAAGAUUUUCUGUUAAUUAAAGGUUAAAAUACUUUAAUCAAACCAACAUUUCCUUGCAGUUUCAGAAAAAGUCAGACAACUAUGAUAAAU